CCCAUACAUAACAAUCCGGCUAUCCCACUUUCUCUUUUCUUUUUCUCUUCUGUCACUCAACUUCACUUCAUCGACUUAUUGUCUACUUCCACAGUAGAACACUGUUGCUUCAACCACGUGGAUAUCAAAUCCAAGUGGCCUACCAAUCUUACUGCACAUUGCUAUCCACACCGACAUGGCCCGUCAAAACUCCUUGGAAUCCUCGAGACCCAUCAUGCCCAACAACCGUGCCUCCCAGCGAUUCUCCACCGUCAGCGGAGCCGCUUCCAUUGCCUCCAACGGCGGCUUGCCCAGCGGUGACCCCCGCCUGGCUGAAGUCAACCACGUUCGCGAUGGCCUCGAGCGUCUCGAAAACAAACCCCUCCAGAAGCAGCGUUUCGUCCCCACCGCUGAAAAGACCGAAAGCCUCGACAAGCUGGCCAUUGGUGCCAAGAUGGAACGCGCGCUCGGCCGCAGAAUGACCGGUCAGGAUGCCGUUAUGCGCAAGCCUGUUAUGAGCGAGAAGGCCGCGGCUGAGGCUUCUACUUGAGUCUGUGGAGAAGAAAAUAUUUGUCUUGUCUCUAUUUUUGAUUUGUUCUAUUGGGUUCUUUCUUUUUACAUCUCUUUUUGUGGUUCUGGUGCACACGACUUUCGAUACCUGGUUUCCAUCGUUUGAUAUAAGAUCUCCCUCUCAUGACCAUCAUACCCCCGACUUUUCUUGUGUUUUGUACAUUUUUCCUUACAGCUGUCGAUGGCGUUUUUUUUUUUUUUUUUUCUUUUGAUCGAUUACGAGAU